AUGGCUAGUUAUCAAUAUUUUAGCUAUAUAGAUUUAUAUAAAGUGAACAAUGUGAAUUUAGACCCCUUUACGGAAGUAUUUAAUGAUAAAUUUUAUUUGAGAUAUAUUUAUAAAUGGCCUCAUAUGAAUAUCAUAACAAAAGAAAUAGAUGAUCAUACAAGUGGAUAUAUUUUAGGGAAGGAAGAAGGGUUUGGAAAGGACUAUCAUGGGCAUGUGACUGCUUUAUCCAUUGAAGAGGACAGCAGACGAACAGGCAAAGGAGUUGAUUUAAUGACUGAAUUUGAAAAGAUAACUCAAAUAAUACAUAAAGGAAAUUUUGUAGAUUUAUUUGUUCGAGUGUCUAACAACCCAGCUAUAAAUAUGUAUAAAAAAUUAGGUUAUGUAAUUAAUGAGGAAAUUAUUAAUUAUUAUUGUGGUAAUGAAAGUGCUCUUGAUAUGAGGAAAUAUCUAGACAUAACAAAUUCAUGA